CCGCCACAUUGCUAUCCCACUGACGGCAAAGAUUGACAAAAAAAAACCUAAUUUUCAUUUUCAGCUCUCUUCACACUACAAACCUCUUAAUCUGGUGAUUUUGAUGGGUCCAAGUUGAAAGUGUUGACCUUUUGUUAGAAAAAGAUGGAUUUUGUCUCAAGAGAUAGAAUCAGCAGUCUACCAAAUCCUGUAGUAUCCCACAUCUUGUCUUUCCUUCCCACAAAAGAAGCAGCUUCUACUUCGGUCCUCUCCAAAAAAUGGCGUUAUUUGUUUGCGUAUGUAACAAAUCUUGACUUUGAUGACUCGGACUAUCAGGAUGGUAAACCAAAAAGCGAUGUUGAACUUAGUAGAAGUUUUAUGGAAUUUGUGGACAGAGUCUUGGCUUUGCAAGGGAAUGGUUCCGUAAAUAAAUUCUCUCUAGAGUGUAGUAAUUAUGAUGUUGAUCUUGCUCGUGUCACUGGUUGGAUAUUGAAUGUGUUAGGACGCGGUGUAUCAGAGCUUGAUUUAAGCAUCUUGGAGUAUCCCUUACCUUCGGAGAUCUUUGUGAGUAAGACACUGGUUAGGCUGAAAUUAGGACCGGCAAAUGAUCUUACUCUCACCCUUGAUAGGAAAGAUGUUUUUCUUCCAAAGCUCAAGACUCUCUAUAUUGAUUGUGUUGAUGUUCAAGAGCGUGGUUUUGGGUUUGUAAAGCUUCUUUCUGGCUGUCCCGUGCUCGAGGAGUUAGUUCUGAUGAAUAUCGGGUGGGAAAAUUGGAAGUUUUGCUCUGUGUCUGUCAAAACCCUGAAGAGGCUGACGUUUUUCUGUGAGGAGACUUAUGAGAAUCCAAAGAGCGUGUCAUUUGAUACUCCAAACCUUGUUUACCUAGAGUAUUCUGACGCUAUUGCGAGCAAGUAUCCGAAAGUGAACUUUAAUUCGCUCGUUGAAGCUCAUAUCGGUCUUCGACUGACAGAAGAUCAGAGUGGAGAUGCAGACUUUUCAGAAGAAGACUAUUUCUCAGAAGGUGAUGAGAAAAAACAGAUGGUCGGUAAUGCAACGGAUUUUCUUAAGGGAAUAAGCACUGUUCAGAUCCUUUACCUAUCUGCCCAAGCUAUUGAGGUACUUACUUUCUGCUGUGAGCCAAUACCGGUUUUCAACAACCUGAUUCAGUUAACAAUCGAGAAUAACUCAGAAAUAAGAUGGGAUUCACUGCCAGGUCUACUCAAGAACUGUCCAAAUCUAGAAACCCUUGUUUUAAAGGUAUAAAACAAAACCACUAAAGCAUCUUUGUUUAUCAGUGACAUAAAAACAAAUACAACUUAACUAUGAAACCUUUUCUUUAUGCUACUUCUUCAGCGUCUUCUCCACAAGUAUAACAAGGCAUGUGGGAACGUGUGCUGUUGUAAGCGUCCGAAGCAGCCUUCUUGCCUUUCAUCUUCUCCGGUGAAGGUUCUUAAGAUAUUUCUGUUUGAUGACAACGAUGAAGAAGACGGGUCGGAAAUGAGGCAGAUCAAGUAUUUCUUGGAGAAAAUGCCCCGUCUAGAAGAGUUGGUAGUAUACUACAAUACAGCAUAUGACCCUGCUGUGUUAGAAUUAUCCAAGAAGCUUCAGAAGAUUCCUAAGAUAGCUUCACCAAAGUGCAAGAUCCAGGUAAUCUCUGAGAAUCUUAGUUUGUCAUCUACCGUGCCUUCUUUCUUGACAACGAGAUGGUCUUCUCUUCCUCCUGAAGAAGCAUAUCCAUGGGUUGACUCUCCUCCUCCCCAAAUAAUAGAUCCCAUGUUAGAGUAUGGUUCUCCUCCAGAAGAUGAUGAUUCCUGGUUGUACUAGGCUUUGAUCUAAACUCAAAGCAAUUCAAAUAUUUCCUCUGUUUCUGUCGUUGUAGUUUACUUUUGUACUCUGGCUUUUGUCCUUUUUGUAACUGAGAGAAUGUUGAACUUUAUGGUGUGUUUAUUUCCCCUUAUUCUGUGGUGUUUAAACUGUUGUUCC